AUGAAUACUAAUCACCGGAUUAGCAAAAAUUCAACAAUUUCUCCAAAUCACAAUUUAGUUUCCCUUUCGACUGAGACGUCUGACAGACAAUCUACUCCUUCACUUGAAAGUGAAAUUUAUAAUAGUUCAAAUCAACAAGACCUGUUCACAUCACCUUCGGAUUUAUUUGAUAUUAAUCAAUUCUUCACCUUAACUUCUGAAGUUUUGGAUGAUGUACAACCAUUAAAUGUCAAUGAAGAUGAAGUUGAAACAUCCCAAAAUUUGAAUUCAACUCUCAAUUUUGAUAUUUAUGAUCCAAACUUAUUACUGAAUGAUCAAACGACGAUAAAUAUGUCAUCAUAUGGAACAAGCAUCUCAAGACCUUCAAAAAGCAAAACCACCGGGGACUCUCCAAUAUUAUCUACUAUUUCAAUUGCGAAUGAAUUGACUAAUGCAACAUUUGACAAAUUUGAUUUAGUUACUUAUCCAUUAUCUAAAUCUAUCUAUGACAUGAUAAAUGAAACUGAAUCGGACAACUACGUUUAUACAUCUUUUAUCGAGAAUGAUUCAAAUAAUUCUCAAAAACAAUCGAAUUCAUUUCAACAUUCUUCUCAAAGUCCAUUCUCUACAAACGAUGUUAUUUCAACAUCCACCGAUACGUCUAACGAUAAUAAUAAACGACCAUACGCAAUUCAUUCAGAUGACCAAAUUCCUUUAUUUAUACCUAUCGUAAAUAAAAAACAAAAAAUGAUUCAACAAAAACAAGACGAAUUAAAUAUAAAUCGAAGAAAAUCCAUUCCCGCGGUUGACAUGAUCGUCAAUUCUUUUAAUCGCACGUUCAUGUCACAAACCGAUACGAUCACUUAUGAUACGACAAAAUCAUCCGUGAAAAUUAAAGAUAAUUCACCACCAUCACAAUCUGUUACUUCAACCUUUACAAUAUCCCCCUCCUCCUCAAAUGCUAUUCUCUGCGUGGAUCGUCACGAAUUCUUUCAUCAAAUGAUUGCACGAUUAUCAACCUUGGCAAAAUUUAUUAAACAGUCAUUUCGUCGACAAGACGACUUUGAAGAUUUAUGGGAACGUUUAUAUUCAUUAUUGAAAUCCGAAUGUCAACAAAUACAAAAGUUAAUAGACUUGACAGAUUUCAAGUCAUUAAAUCUUUCAAAGAAUAUUGGACCAUAUUCAGAAUAUGAUAUUGAAAAGGAAGCAAUGAAGUUUAUUCCUAAACAUGUUACGGAUUACAAAUUUCCAUUAAAAGUUGAGCAAGAUGGAAACGAAGGUUUUCGUGCGGUAUCAAUGUUAUUAAAUUAUAAGUAUGAUAAUUUAACCAAGAGGGGAAAAGAUGAUAAAGAGCUAUUAUACGAGGAAUUAAGAGUUCGUGUAGUGUUGGAAAUGGUGAAUCGAAUAGAUAAGAAUCGUCGUAUAUUUGAAAAUCAUACAGAAGAAAUUUCAGCUAACGGAGGAAAUAUCACCACCACAUCAGUAUAUGAAGGAUAUUUUCAGAAAGAUACUAUUGAAUUAUUAUUAUAUUUCGGAUUAUCAACCAAUGCUCCGCAAUACGCUUCAUUAAUAUGGCAAAUUGAAUCAUUAAACACAUGUAUUAAUAAUACUCUUAUGGGUGUACCUCAAUUAUGUAUAUUGGCGAAUAUAUUGAAAGCUACGAUUAAAAUUAUUUAUCCGGAUAAAGAAAAUAGAUAUUUUAACGCACCGAUAAAAUGUAAAGGAAUCAGUAAAAAAAUGUUUCAUUUUUUAAUGUAUAACCCUUUAUAUGGAUUACGAUUUCCCAAACCACCUAUCGAAAGGUAUUAUAUUGUCCCAUUAGUUAAACAGUGUGAUAUCUUCUUUAAAUUAAGUUAA